AGCCCGAGGGCAGCGGGAGCCGGCCCGGCACCGCCUGCCCCGCCAAGCAGCGCCUCCCUGCAGAGCCGGCGGGACCUGCGAUGCGGAGCGGCGCGGCGGCACCGGCGGCUGUCGCCUGCUGAGGCGGCGGGAGGAUGCGGCCGGCGGGCGGGGAGAUGGGCGCCGGCGACAAGGAAAACGAGCCUUCUGAGCCACACAGAAAUGUACUGAAAACCCCUUUGAAACAAGCAGCUACCUCGCAGGUGGUACUGACAGAGAGACAGCCUGACUGUCAGCCACUAACCACACCCCCAAAACCUAAGGACACCUCUCCAGCAGAGCCAUGGACACCUACUUCCAACCUGAAAAUGCUGAUUAGUGCGGCCAGCCCUGAGAUUAGGAGCAGAGAACAGAGAAAGCAACUGUCAAACAGUUCAGCUGAGGUCCUACAGGCAAAACACUGUUUGCAGGAGCACUUACUGGGAGAUGAAUACGAAAAAUCUCAGCCAAGUCGCAAAGAGAAAAGCCUGGGAUUGCUGUGUCACAAAUUCUUAGCUCGGUAUCCCGACUACCCCAGCCCUGCACAGAAAAGUUACAUUUGCCUCGAUGAAGUCACUGAAGAGCUACAUGUUGAACGCAGGCGCAUCUAUGACAUUGUGAAUGUGCUGGAGAGCCUGCACAUGGUGAGCCGCCUGGCCAGGAACAGAUACGUUUGGCACGGCAGGCAUAACCUCCCCCAGACCCUGCAGGCUCUGAAAAAGGUUGGAGAAGAGAACAAAUACAUCCAGCAGAUUCAGAUGAUCAAGAAAAGGGAGUACGAGCACGAGUUUGAUCCUGACGGUGAAAGAAGUGAAGAAACGGCAAGUUCUCUUGGCUCGAGUGAACAGUCAGAAAUGUCUUUUGUCGAGCUCCCAGGAGUGGAAUUUCGUGCUGCGUCAGUAAAUGGCAGGAAAUACAAGUCUUUACGAGUGAUGAGUCAGAAAUUUGUGAUGCUGUUUCUUGUUUCAACACCUCAAAUAGUGAGCCUUGAAGUGGCUGCUAAAAUCCUGAUUGGAGAAGACCAGUUAGAAGACUUAGAUAAAAGCAAGUUUAAAACCAAAAUUAGGAGACUUUAUGACAUAGCAAAUGUUCUCAGCAGCCUUAAGCUUAUCAAGAAAGUUCACGUUACAGAGGAGAGAGGUAGAAAACCAGCAUUCAAGUGGACAGGACCUGAGGUCUUGCCAAACAUUCAGGAUACAAAACUUGAAGCAACUUCUACGACCUGUUCCCCACCUGUUUCAGAAUCCGUCCCUUCCAAAGAGCCCUGCUCAAAAAACCUUUUUCCUUCAAAAGGAAAGCAAAACUUCACUCGGCAUUCAUCUCUAAUAAAGUUAGUUAAGAGUAUAGAAAAUGACAGAAGAAAGAUCCAGUCUGCUCCAACCAGCCCAGUUAAAAUGAGUACAAGUACUUAUCAAAGCUUACCAGUUUUCCCGAGUACAAUAACUCAGCUUCCCGCAAUCGCUAAACCGCAGCUGGAAGGACAAUCCAAGACAGCAGAGGAGAUGCAAAUGAAAUCUGCCCUGUCCUCACCUGAGGCAGCCCCCAAGCCUGAACCCCCUCAGCAGCCAACUCCCAGCCAGCCCCUGGGGGUCUGCCCUGCGAGCCACAGCUCAGUCUCACCAGUAAUCCUACCUCAUCCUCACUCUGGGGUGUCAUAUGCAAUAUAUCUGCAUCCUUCUCAAGCCCACACUGUGACAACCUACAGCCCAGGUUUCAUGUUGCAGCCUCUGCCAUGUGCUAAUGUCACUGGAAUUAAGAGUAAUAAUUCAAAAGUGUUAAAUAAAAUAACCACUGAGGAAGGGGACAAUCAGAUCGCUACGGCUGAGCAAACAAAGCCUUUGGCAGCUGAAGAAAGACCAGAGAUGAAAUCAGAAACUUCAUCACAGAGGUGCCUUAAAAGAUCACAAGCAUUACAAGAGAAUAAUUUAAUUAAAAGGCAUAGAGGUGAUGAAGAGAGCCUUGGUACUUCUUUGGGAGAAUCCACUAAAAACGAAAAACCACCUUCCAAUAGCUCACAAGGGAAUCAUGAAAUGGAUAAUGUCCAGGAAGAUAAACAGAAGGAAACAGAAACAUCAGAUCAAAACGUGGAUCAAAGCAUGGCAAGUUGCUGUGACCAAUGUAAAAAGGAAAAUAUUCCAGAAGAUGAGGAUAAAAUCAAAACCAAACAAGACAUACCUGUAGCGUUUGCCAUCCCUACUCCUGAGACUUUCUUCCCCUCUGGUUAUCUCAUUCCUCUCACUCACUGCACCCACGGCACAAAGGCAGACUGCUCCAAUAAAGAGAAAGCUGGGAUGUGUUCCUUACAGCACCCGACCUACAGCUCACCCAUUACUGGUGUCAUUCCAGUGACAGCCUCAGAGCUGAAAACAGUUAACAUUCCCGCUUUUCACAUAACACCCUUGAACAUAAUGCUGUCACCAAAUUCCAUAGCUGCUGCACCUGUACUGGGCAACUCCUGUCUCAAUUCCAGCAGUGCCAGCUCUGCCCAAAAUCCCAGUUCUUCAGCUCUGAACUUUAUGCUGCAACACAUAGGCCUGAUACCUGCUGGUGUGCAAGUCCCUGCAAAUCCUGUUGUGCAGCACGUGCCGGUCUCUUCCCAAGCAGAAAGCACCAGCCACAGCUCAGGAAACACGAACGUGCCAGAAGGGAAGCCUUCUGCUCCAAAGGAACCUCAGGAGCCUCAGGCAGUUACAGAAAGCUUUUUCCGCACACCAGGAGGCCCAAAUUCUGGAUCUUCACUAUCUACAAACUCAGAUGGUACCGAGAGAAUCUCUCAAGGAACUCUUUAUAUUCCUCAACGAAAACUUGAAGUUUUGGAAGACUAAUUUUGGGAUAUGGAAUUGCUGAAUGUGUUAACAGGUGUAAUUACUGCUGACACACUGCACACGUCUGGCAUUGUAUGAUGGACGUUUUGGACACGUACUGGCAAAAUCUCAAUGCUGGAAUAGCCUUAAUUAAUGCUUUAGAAAUAAAACUGACUCUUCAUGAGAGUUAAUACCUAAUGAAUUUUUCCAAAAAAGGCUUACCUAAGGUAUUUUAACAACAAAGUUAUGUAUCUAGUGGUUUUUUUGGUUUUUUUUUUUUGUAUGUGUAUGUUGAUUUUCUUCUAUGCAAACUAAGCUGAAAUUGUCUUUGUACAGAAAGGUACAGUCUAUCAGUCAGUACCUAUUUUGCACCAAAAAAAAAAAAAAGUACUGUGAGUGUGUACAUAUUUUAUGUCUUAACAAAAAGGCCAUAGUUAAAAUGUUUUGCUUCUAUGUUUAAUAACGCUCUUUUGUAAAGUUAGUAAAAACAAAAACAAAAAUCCCCCAAAAUUUUCUUAAUCGAUUUUUAUAUAAGUUAAGAAUUAUUUAUACUGUAUUUUUAAAUCAACUUGUUCAGAUUAAAAACUUACAUAAAACCCUG